GGCAGAACGAAUUAAAGAUGCACCUAACUAAUAACUACUUGCGUUCUGUAGCGCGCAAAAAGCAACGCACAAUUCCAUUAACAUGGCGUCCUUCUUCUUCGUCGUCGUGUUUGGCUCUUUGGGUGUUUACACUCACGAUCUUCAAGACUCAGCCCCUGCAAGGUGAUGGCAAAUGUUGCCGCACUCCGCUACUCUCUGGUAUGUUUAGCUGCAAUUCUAGUGGUUGUUGGGGUGACCACGCAGUCUUUCAAGAAAACGAUGGCCACGUACCUGGUCGGUGUGCUUGGAAUCGCUGGGGUGCUCCUACCCGAUUGGGCUUACUUCGAUCGCGAUUUCUCAAGGUGGACUUCUCCUGUUACUGCACAAGAGAGGGCCUCUCAUGUUGCUCUAAGAUCUGGAUCAACAAGGUUUAGGAUCUAUCCACUGAGAACGGCCAUCUACACGACAGUCUAUUGCUUAGCGCUGUACAAGUGGUGGAUAUUUGUAUCAAGCUAGCAGUAACCUUUGGGUUCCCAUGGACCAUGGUCCCAUCAUCAAUGCUUCCUUAUUUUGGCUAGGGAUUUGCAAGAUUCCAUGUAGUACUAAAUAUGCUUGUGAGUGCUAGUGUAAUUUUAUUUUCUCAUGAAUUUUGCCUUUACCACACAAUGGUGAGGACUUAUCAACAUUCAACAAUACUGGCCAAAGGAAGACCUUUUCAUUGCCA